ACCCCCCUAAAGAAGACUAAUGCUCUCAUUGCGCAGAUGGGAAUAACCUUUACAAAUGCAUAUGUUCCCAGUGCGCUUUGCUGUCCCAGUCGAGCUAGCAUUUUAACAGGAAAAUACCCACAUAAUCAUCAUGUUGUCAACAACACUCUGGAGGGGAACUGUAGCAGCAAGUUAUGGCAGAAGAUUCAAGAACCAUACACCUUUCCAGCACUGCUCAAAGCCAUGUGUGGUUAUCAGACGUUCUUUGCCGGGAAGUAUUUAAAUGAGUACGGAGCAGAAGAUGCAGGGGGAGUCGGUCAUGUCCCUCCUGGAUGGAGUUUUUGGUAUGCUUUGGAGAAAAACUCCAAGUACUACAACUAUACUCUUUCUGUAAAUGGCAAAGCACGAAGGCAUGGCGAGAACUACAGUGUGGAUUAUCUGACAGAUGUACUGGCCAACAUGUCACUGGACUUCUUGGAGUACAAAUCUAACUUCGAACCUUUCUUUAUGAUGAUCUCAACUCCAGCGCCGCACUCCCCUUGGACAGCUGCUCCACAGUAUACAAAGAGCUUUCAGAAUGUCAGUGCACCAAGAAACAGCAAUUUUAAUAUUCAUGGAAAGAACAAGCACUGGUUAAUUCGACAAGCAAAGACUCCGAUGACUAACUCUUCAAUACAAUUUCUUGAUGAUGCUUAUAGAAAGCGGUGGCAAACUCUGCUGUCAGUAGAUGACCUGGUAGAGAAAGUAGUGAAGAAAUUGGAACUGAAUGGAGAAUUAGACAACACCUACAUCUUUUACACAUCAGACAAUGGCUUCCACACUGGCCAGUUUUCUUUGCCAAUAGACAAACGACAGCUCUAUGAGUUUGACAUCAAAGUUCCGUUGCUAGUUCGAGGACCAGGGAUUAAACCAAAUCAGACAAACAAGAUACUUGUUGCAAAUAUUGAUUUGGGUCCCACUAUUCUGGAUAUUGCGGGAUAUGACUUGAAUAAGACCCAGAUGGAUGGGAUGUCACUGUUGCCGCUGUUGAGAGGAGACAAAAAUGUCACGUGGAGAUCAGACUUCUUGGUGGAGUACCAAGGAGAAGGAUACAAUGGCAGCGAUCCUACCUGUCCUGGUCUAGGACCUGGAGUCACACACUGCUUCCCAGACUGUGUCUGUGAGGAUUCCUAUAACAACACAUAUGCUUGUGUAAGGACACUGUCAUCUUCCUGGGAUCUGCAAUACUGUGAAUUUGAUGACCGGGAGGUGUUUGUGGAAGUGUAUAACUUGACAGCAGAUCCACACCAGAUCAAUAACAUUGCUAAAACAAUUGAUCAAGAAAUUCUCGAGAAGAUGAACUAUCGAUUAAUGAUGCUGCAAUCCUGUUCAGGAGCAACUUGUCGCACACCAGGUGUCUUUGAUCCCGGGUACAGGUUUGACCCACGGCUCAUGUUCAGCAAUCACGGCGCACAGGCUCGGAGGUUUUCAGCACAGUCCUUUAUAUGACCAUUAAGAGCCUCUUGCAGCUGGCUCCUACUGACCAGUUUCUCCAGUGACUGCAGCAGGUCUGUCUCUGUAUCUCUCGCUGAUCACAGCUGGAAGACUUUCAAUGGGCUUUUCAAACCCUGUUUGGAAGAAAACCCCUCGUCUUUAGCUGGUUGCCUUGUGCAAUAUGUAUAUUUUACAGCUGAACUCUAACUGUAAAUUGUUAGACACAGCUAAUCUGUCUUGCUCAGAUAGUUGAUUACCACCUUUGUCUUUCAAGUACCUUUUCAUAUCACAGGCACAGAGGUGAACUUAUGCCUAUGAAUCUGAAAAGUUUAUUUUGUUCUAAAAAGUCAAUGAUUGCGUAUUUGAGUCAGGUUAGAUAGGCAGGUGCUAUUGCACAGCAGUGCUCACCCAUAUUCAGUGUCAUAGACUUUCUUAAAAGCUAUGUUUAAUUAUAGGUUUCUUGUGUCAAGCUCAAAGCUGUUAAUGACAAUAGCAAACUAGCCCAAAACAGAGUAGGAAGGUGCUAGUGAAAACCCUAGGAUCUGACCUAGCAAGUGUCAUGUGCAGAAUUAAAAUCCAUCUGCUCAAUAGUCUCUUUCAACAAGACCACUUGAAAUGAAACCAAUGAAUUUUGUAGGACAGCCUUGGUAGCUUGCAAACAAGAAUGUAAUUUCAGCCUUCUAGUUUGAAAUGCUGGAAUGGGUUACUAUGUACUACUGAAAAACUCUUAGGGUUUAAGAUGGACUUCCUAGUGAGUAAACAAGAGUGUUGAGACUAACAGGUAUUCAAGUAAAUGUGCCUGUGUUUGGAGCUAACUCUAACAUCUGUUUUUAAUAUGCAAACAGAAAUAAUACUAAAAUGAAUAACAUCCAACAACCAGGGCACCACAGUAGAGUUGAUCUGUCUCUAACCUCCAAAUGUCUUGAAUUGUCUAACAUUUUAUGUUGAUUAGAUUCUUGAAGGCAAAUUAUUUUGAAAACAAACUAGCAAAAAAUAAAUCAUAGAAUCAUUGCUCACUAGAUGUUAGGCUAAGAGAGCUAUUUUAGGCAGUUUAAGUGCUUCAUAAAGUGUUGCUUUUUAGUCAGGACAUAACUACUUGGAACCUGCAAUAAGUGGCCUUCUCAGCAAA